AACUCUAAACAUGCACCAUACCAGCCACGUUUUAGUAAAACAUACGUUUGAGCUAUAGCGAUUGCCCCUCGCGCAUAAAACUCCAGUUUCAUGAUUGAAAUUUCAGUAAUAAAUCAAGAACGAAAACUUAAGUAGAAGUCAAAUGAAUUCAAUUUAUGUAUCUGAUAGCCUGGUUACGAAAUGUGGCACCUUUGAUAGCUUUACCUUCAGCUGUCACCUGCCUGGUCCAAAGAACAGCUGUAAAACCAUGGCUAAUGGCAUCGAUUUAGUGUCCUUUUACGAUGAUGUAUUCGAGUAGUUUGACGUAAAAGGCGUUAUUGCUUAGUCAGAUGUGUUGUCCGUGAAAUGAGUAUCAAUGGAGUUCCCCUCGCCUGCAGAUUUUACCAUAAAGACGCCACGAGGAAGUUCUUCCUCGAGCGCUGCUUCCUCUUCGAUGACGGAGAGGAUGUAUUCGCCCGAUUCAUUUUUCCAAGAACGCUUAAAUCUGUCAGACGAUGACGAAUUUGAACUAGACAGUAGUGGAACGCGGUCCCCAUUCACCGAUUCACCCAGUCAUAAAAAGUAUUUAUUUCCCCAAAAAGAAUUCGUAGACGAACUCCGUCCUGAAGAAAUAAGGUGGUUCUACAAGAAUGAGGGAGAAAAGAGGUGGAGGGCAUUUAUUGGGUAUGACUCGCUGAGAAUAGAGUGUCGCUACAGAGCACUUGCUUGUGAUUCGAAUGGUGAUAUUGAUGUUAAUGAAAGAAUCCUUGUGAGAGGAGGAUUGUAUGAUGUUGAAGUUGAGAACAAGAGAUGCCAUCCGAUAUACUGGACAGGUGAUGUUUCUGAAAUCAUGAGGGGAAUUUGGUUCUACGAUGGUACCUGGCAGCCAAUGGAGGAGGUGUAUGCACUACCGUUAGAGAAGGAGCACAUGGCCAACUUUGCCAACCGAAGGUUGGACGAGGUCCCUGUUGCACCGCCAAAGGGACCAAGACCAGUUAUUCACAAUUUGAAGUUCCAAGACUUUCAUGUGGACUGGAACGCUCCCAAUGAGAUCUAUCUGUUCAGUGAAUCUGCUUCCUCCAAACUCAUGAGACAAGUAACGAAAUCUCUCGGCUGGCAAAAAUCUGGAAACCAGUUGCACAGGGGCUACCGUUACGAAGCCAUGAUGGAGGACAAGCCGCCAGAUAUAGGCCACCUGGUCUUCGUGGUACACGGCAUUGGACAGAAGAUGGAAACUGGUGCUAUAGUCAAAUGCUGCAAAGAAGUAGACAGUGGUCAAGAACUUGCAGAUUGUGGUUUGAUCGAAGUGAUUACCCAUAGCCUUCAGCAUGAGAUGAAUCGUCUGUAUGCCUUGUUCUGUUCACGACACCCUUACUUUGAAGUGAAUGGAGGGAAGGUGUCUGUGGUGGCACACUCACUUGGAUGUGUGAUAACGUAUGAUAUCAUCACCGGCUGGAACCCCAUGAAGUUGUAUGAUGAAUUUGUCACAUCUGUCAUAGAUGAAGAAGGUGAGAAUGCAGAGGGCGCCAACAAGUUGCAGGAGGAGUUGGAGCAGGCAAGGAAAAGGGUUUCUGAACUUGAAGCAUCACUCAAAAGUGUUCAUGAAAGACAAGUAAAAGCAAAACAACCUCUCCAAUUCAAACUAGAAAAUCUGUUUUGUCUGGGGUCUCCACUGGCUGUGUUCCUCGCCCUCAGAGGGAUUCGACCCCAGGGGAAGGGCUCGCAUGACCACAUCCUCCCCACAUCGAUCUGUAAGAGGCUCUUCAACGUCUACCAUCCAUCAGACCCUGUGGCCUACAGACUUGAGCCUCUGUGUCUUAAGCAUUAUGCUACCAUCACGCCCCUCUUGAUCCACUUCUAUGACAACACCAAGAAAACACCCUAUGUGAAGAUGAAGAGGAAAGCUUAUGCUGCAUUCAAGAGCUCAUCCGAGGAGUCGGAUCAGAAGGGAAGCAAGUUGGAUGACAGCAUGGAGGGGAGCGGAACUGACGAACAGGAUAGUCCUUCACACACCAGGAAGUCUGGGUCCGCGAAAGGACAGAAGUUCUCACUGUCCAAAUGGCUGACAGACUUCCGAGCCAACAAGAAGGGGGAGGACUCACUGACAGCAGAACUGAAAAUGCUGCAGAAGAUGGACAAUGAUGCUGAGAAGUUUCAGGUGAAAGUGUACUUAGACCCAAAGGACAUUGACAAAACUGCCGGGUUCAAAAGAUGGCUUAGAAUGUACCAGAUUGAGUUGGAGUAUCGCCUUGACUACCAGCUGAGGGAGAGGAGUCUGGAGAACAGCUACAUGUCGGUGCUCACCUCACACUUCUGCUACUGGACAAACAAAGACAUUGCAUUUUUCAUACUCACCCAUCUACAUCCAGAGCUACAGGAGCCCUAGGAAUCCUGCCAAAUCUGAACACAACACUUAAAAGGAAUGGGACACUUUUCUUGAACACCUGCUAACACAGUUCCAGGAACUAUGGAACAUCAGCUGAACUCAGCUUCUGGAGGCAUAGGACACUUCUCUCUGGAACAUUUACUGAACACAGCUCCUGGAGGCAUGGGACACUUCUUUCGUGAACAUCUACUGAACACAGCUCCUGGAGGAGGCAUGCAUAGGACACUUCUUUCUGGAACAUCCAUUGAACUCAGCUUCUGGAGGCAUAGGACACUUCUUUCUGGAGCAUCUACCGAACACAGCUCCGGAGUCAUAGGACACUUCUUUCUGUAGCAUCUACCGAACACAGCUCCUGGAGGCAUAGGACACUUCUUUCUGGAAUAUCUACUGAACACAGCUCCUGGAGGCAUAGGACACUUCUUUCUGGAGCAUCUACUGAACACAGCUCCUGGAGGCAUAGGACACUUCUCUCUGGAACAUCUACUGAACACAGCUCCUAGAGGCAUAGGACACUUCUCUCUGGAACAUCCAUUGAACUCGGCUCCUGGAGGCAUAGGACACUUCUUUCUGGAGCAUCUACUGAGCACAGCUCCUGGAGGCAUAGGACACUUUUUUCUGGAGCAUCUACUAAUGCAGCACACAGGACACUUCUUCGUGGAAAAUCUUCUAAACACAACUCCUGGAGUCAUAAGACAAUUCUUUCUGGAACAUCUACUUAAGACAGCCUAGGGUGCAUUACACCCAUACACUGGAAUAUCAAAACAAAGCAUACUUUACCCAGGGACAUCAACACCAAGAACUACAAGAGCCAUGUAACAACAUCAUCUUUGAAUCUUGCAAUGAUGAAAAACAGAACAUGUAAGCUGACUGAUCAUCCUGCUCCUACAUCCAGAACUGGGGUAUAUUUGGCAGCAUCUUCUUCUAGAAAAAAGGAUGUGUUUGACAGCUUCAUCCAUGAACAUAUACACCCAUACCUGCAAGACUUGCAGGACCUUUUCAUCUUGGUAUGCUGAAAUCUGCACAGCAAACACCUCCAUCAGGAAAUCCGACACUGACACCAGUCAUCAAGCAAGUCUCCACAACAAGAGUUGCAGGAUUACAUGAUUAGAAGACACCUUGUCCAAAGCUACAUAAGACAGAUGUCUUCCUCAAUAUCUCCAACAAAUGCUUUGCUAACAACACCUUACAGUGUCAGGUAUAAGUUGUACAAUUAUACACCACUGCCUUUACAAUGACCAAUGAAAUUGUUGGCAUGCUGCACUAGUUCUAUGUGUAAAUUAUACGUGAACCUCUGUCAAAAUCUACUGCUAUUGGAAAUCCCAUGACAAAGAAAUGAUGGAUGGAUGUUGAAUAGUAUGAACAUAAAUAGAUAACAAAGAAAACGUUAUCCUGACAUUCUCAUCCAAACCUCAUAGUCAAAACAAGUUUGAUCAUUAGCAGCGUCCAGCAGAACUGAACCAUGACAUAGCUUUCUGGAGAACAAUCUAACAGAAUAUCUCUCCCUCCUUUCCUUCAUAUCCUCCAUACUCUAUUUGGAAUUUAACGUCAGGAAGCUGAGUGAAAGAUUUGGGGAAAUGUUAGACCUUGGACAGUCAGUAUUCUGUCACAUUCUAGUUUCAUCAAGCUCAGGGGAGACAACUGCCAUCAGUACAGGUCCUUGUCCUACAAAACAACUGCUGCCUUAAUCAGAAUCAAAAUGUAGACAGCUCAAACAUAACCGACGUACAGUUUGUCAUUAUCCUGUAUUUUGUGACCACAUAGUGUGUUAAGCCUAAUGAUGGUGCUAUUGUGAUUGUAUUUGUCUCAGUUCCGGAUUCAUUAUGCUGCUGAUCUAUGUUCCUGUACAAAAUGUUAGCAUGUUGACAGAGUGAGAAGGUUAUGAGGGAAACGUUGGACGACAAACGGUGCUCUUUAUGUUCUGCAAUGAUGUUCAGUUCAGGGAAGGUUUGUUGCUGUGCGUGAAAUCUGAAUGUAGUUCAAUCUCAUGUAAUUAACUCAGAUGUUUAUUGCCUGACUUGUUAGCUGUAAUUCUCAAUCUGAGAGACAUAUUUUGUUGAAAUGGGGUAUUCAGGAUGUGAACUUCUUUUAUCUCAGUGGACCAACCCAACCAAAUGUCGGUGUCCUGUUCCAUCACUAUCAGUUCAGGAUGUAGGAUUGGUCAACUAUUGACUCAAAGUUCUCAAAUUACAGAGUUGUGUCCCCUUGUCUGCCUGGAUCUUCUUGAUGUGAAUUAACAUCCCAGGUUUGCCCUUGUAAUGAGCAGCAACAUCACAAGUUUAAUGGGUUUAUCUAAUGUGGUCAUCAUGUACAAUAGCCAUUAAUUUGUAUUUUCUCACACACCGAUCACAGAAUCCCAUCCAUUCCCACCAAAACCAUCCCAACACACCAUCUUACCCACAGCAUCCUAUUCAACGAAUGAAAACAAUUAUCAGACAGAUCACACCGAAUGAUGCAUUAUCAAAUCUAAACCCGAAAUAAAAAUCAAUGUCUGUUUGUAAACCAUCACAUUUGCAGAUAAUUUUUCUCUUUUGUGGAAAAUACUCAUCAACAUAGAUUUAAACAAAAUCUCAGAAUGUUAAGCAUACUGAGUUUAAAAUUAUGAUCCAUCAGUACAUCAUUUCAGCCUUAGUGACUUAUUUAUAAGAGGAGCAGUGGGGUAGCCUAGUGAUUAAAGCGCUGGUUGU